AUUAGCCACCAUUAAUAAUUAUCAAUAUUUUUAAUAAAUAUUUAUUACGAAAAGAAGAAAAGACAUGCUUCUAUUGAAAUCCAAAUAAAAGACACCAAAUUCCUGGUAGUCUUAUCAGCAAAGAGCGGGUAGUACCAACUCUGUAAUUGCCUCAGUUCACUUUCCUUCUCAUCCCUCAUCUCCAUGGAAGCCUCCACCGGACCUCCACGUUUUCCCUCUCCGUCAUCGUCACCGUCAAUAAACGUCGACAAGUUAAAACAAAAGCUCCUGCAAAACGGCGUCGACCCAACUCCCAAAAUUAUCCACACUCUCCGCAAAAAGCAACUUCAAAAAUUCAACCGACGCCUCGCCAAAAAAGCCGCUAAAGAACCCGAGCCACUCACGGAAACCCAAACACAAGCCCUUACCGAAGAAUCAUAUUUCCAGGCCGUUAAGUCAGAGUACAAAAGCUUCAAGAAAGAGGUGAAUGCCAAAAAUGAUGGGAAAAUGGUGGGAAGGCCUUGGGAGAGAAUUGAGAAACUCAAAUUGCAAGAGCUUUCUAGUGAGAGUAAAGUGUAUUCUGGUGAUAAAUUGAAUUCUGAGCAUCUUUGGGAGCUCAGUGAUAUAAUUGAGAGGGAAAGAGAUAAAUUCUCAUGGCUUUUGGAUAAUGAUGUUGAAAUUAAACAAGGAUGGUUCGAUAAUGAAAGGGAUAACUGGACCUAUACACGACGUCGUAGAGGCGAAGCUGAGACUAUUCGUUUUAUUAUUGACAGAUUGAGUGGGACAGAACUAGGUGUAAAGGAUUAUAAGUUUUCUAAGUUGAUGAAACACUCGGGAUUGCAGUUUACUGAGGAGCAAAUGCUGAGGUUAGUGGAAGGGCUUGGUGAAAAGGGACAGUGGAGACACGCAUUGUCUGUUGUACACUGGGUUUUCAACUCUAAGGAACACAGACGCUGCAAGAGCAGGUUUGUGUACACAAAACUGUUGGCAGUUCUGGGGAAAGCAAGGAGGCCUCAUGAAGCUCUUCAAGUUUUCAAUUUGAUGAGAGGAGAUGCCCAUAUUUACCCUGAUAUAGCAGCCUACCAUAGCGUGGCAGUUACACUUGGCCAAGCUGGUCUGCUCAAAAAGUUGAUCAACCUCAUUGACUGCAUGAAGCAAAAACCUGAAAAGAUAAAGUACAUGCGGAAGAAGAACUGGGAUCCUGUUCUUCAACCGGAUCUUGUGGUAUAUAAUGCUGUUUUAAAUGCUUGUGUACCAUCCCGCCAGUGGAGGGGAGUGUUCUGGGCUUUUGAGCAGCUGAGAAAGAAUGGUCUUAAGCCAAAUGGGCCAAGCUAUGGACUCGCGAUGGAGGUAAUGUUGCAAUCUGGAAAAUUUGACCUUGUCCAUGAGUUUUUUGGAAAGAUGAAGAGAAGUGGGGAAGCCCUAAAAGCUCUUAGUUAUAAAGUUCUUGUAAAAGCUUUCUGGGAAGAGGGGAGAGUCAAUGAAGCCAUUCAAGUGGUGAGGGAAAUGGAACAAAGAGGAGUUGUUGGAAGCGCCUCAGUGUAUUAUGAGCUGGCUUGCUGCCUUUGCUACCAUGGGAUGUGGGAAGAAGCAUUCUUGGAGAUUGAGAAGCUGAAAAUGCUACGUCACACAAGACCUUUGGCGGUUACCUUUACUGGCAUGAUUUUGUCAUCCAUGGAUGGUGGACACAUUGAUGGUUGCAUAUGUAUAUUUGAGCACAGUAAAAAGCAUAGCGAACCUGACAUAGGAAUCAUAAAUGCCAUGCUGAAGGUUUACGGCAAGAAUGAUAUGUUCUAUAAAGCUAAGGAAUUAUUUGAGUGGGCUAAGACAGAGGAUCCUGGUCCUCAACUUUGCCAGGGUAAUUUUAGUUGUUCUCGUAGCCCAGAUGCAUAUACAUACACCUCAAUGCUUGAGGCCUCUGCUUGCUCUCUCCAGUGGGAAUACUUUGAGUAUGUGUACAAGGAGAUGGCCUUAGCUGGGUAUCAGCUUGAUCAAAGUAGACACGCGUACCUCCUGGUGGAAGCAUCAAAAGCUGGGAAGGUGCAUUUGCUAGAGCAUGCCUUUGAUGCAAUACUGGAAGUUGGUCAAAUACCUCAUGCAUCAUUCUUCUUUGAGAUUCUGUGUCAAGUCACCUGUCAACAUGAUUAUGAUAGAGCUGUUGCUCUAAUUAAAUCAAUGGUUCAUGCUCCAUUUCGAGUCAGUGAACGACAGUGGAUUGACCUAUUUAACAACAAUGGUGAAAGAAUUAGCCAUUCCAGUUUGAGAGGAUUAUUCGAUGUGCUAUGUAGUCAAGCCUUGGGAUCAGACGCAACCAUUGUAAACUUGUGUAGGGCCUUGGAAUCUCUUUGCGGAUCUCACACUUCAAGAGUGCUUUCAAUCGAUGAACCUGUUAAAUUUGCAGCAGAUGCCAGUGCUACGACAGCUGACAAGGAUAGAAGUUUUUAUACAUGCAAUGCUCCUGCUAAUAUAGAUGAGUUUAACCUGCAGUAUGUUCAAGCUGAUGAAGGUGACUGUAGUGAUGGAGCCUAUGUCCAUUCCUCUGAUGCGAGAGAAAAAGGUGUCAAUAGGGAGUUAGUUUCGGAUAUGUCACACUUAAAUCAAAGAGAAGAUGAGAGGGCUGGGACCAGCACAAUCUCUGAGCUUUCUGAUGAAGAACUAACAUUUGAUGACCAAUUUGAUUACUUGGAUGAUAUAGAUCAGUUAGGACUCGGGAUAUCUAGUGAUGAAGAUGACAACUCUUGCAAAACCAAGGUGCCCUCAGCACAAGAAAUAUUAGAGACAUGGGAGGAUAUGAGGAAAAAAGAUGCUACAUUUUUCUCCUUUCAGUUGGGGGUGUGAGAUUCUCUUUCACAGAAAUUGCUCCUUCCUUGUGAUUAGCCAAAGCCAACCAAAUGAUGCUGGAGACUGGCUGUGAUAAAGGGCAGAAAGAUUUAUACGCCGUGGAUUCUAAGUUGUAAAUUUGGAUUCUAACUUCUAAGUUAUGUAUUAAACUUAUAUAUAUAUACUGUUUUUCGCGCGCACACACAUAUAUAUGAGGUUCGAGUGGGUAAACGCUCCAACAUAAGCUAAAGAAA